GGGAAGCCCCUUUAUUAUGUGAGGCAUUUCUCUGCUCAACCAUCGGGUACCUCAGCAAAGGAAAGGCUCCCUGGAGGUUCUUUCAACCCCACAUCUUUUUUCGUUGGCUUUAUAUUAUCAACGGCGUUGGGCUUAUCGGUUUUCUUCGUGAGUCGAUCAGAACCUGGCCUCUCAGGCAUGAGAUCAACAACACCAUUAAAAGGUCACAAUACCCCUCAAUAUAACCUAUCUCAAUCCAACCUAGAUGGGGCCCGAAAAGAGCUUCAAGAGCUUUUAGGUCCGGAGGGCGUUACCGACCAUCUAGGAACGCGCAUUGCCCAUUCUAGUACAGAAUGGUCCAAAGCCCCGCGUGGUGACUAUGAUCGUCCGAGUCUCGUUGUAUAUCCUUCUACAACAGAGGAAACAGCAGCCAUUUCUAAAAUUUGUCAUAAACGCCAGAUACCUAUGAUUGCUUUCUCGGGCGGUACUUCUCUCGAGGGCACACUUGCUGCAGAGAAUGGUGAGAUAUGUUUGGACUUCAAAAAAAUGAACAAGAUCUUGGAAGUUCAUCGGGAUGAUAUGGAUGUUGUUGUGCAACCUGGGGUUGGCUACGAGGAUCUCAACCAGGCUCUGUCAAAGUUGAAUCUAUUUUUCCCUCCAGAUCCAGGCCCAGGAGCUCAGAUUGGAGGUAUGAUCGGCCAAGGCUGUUCGGGAACGAAUGCGUAUCGUUAUGGUACCAUGAAAGAUUGGGUGCUUGGGCUUACCGUAGUCCUUGCAGACGGUACCAUAAUCAAAACGCGCCAUCGACCACGGAAAUCUAGCGCUGGCUAUGAUCUGACACGAUUGUUCGUUGGGUCUGAAGGAACGCUUGGAAUUGUCACGGAGGCUUCCUUGAGAGUUACUCUCAAGCCAAAUAAUAUUCGGAUAGCAGUUGCCUCUUUCCCAACACUGCAUCAAGCUACAAACACUACCAUUCAAAUAUCAGGCUCUGGCCAUCAACUGGAAGCGAUGGAACUCCUUGAUGAUGUUACGAUGCAUGCUAUCAACAAGGCCGGCUACACGAACGACGCAUGGGCCGAAGAAUCUACAAUAUUCUUCAAAUUCUCUGGUGAGACCCCUCAGGCUGUUCAAAAACAGAUCGAUCGUGUUGAGAAGCUUGCUAAGGUAAACAAUUGCGGAUCAUUUAAGCGCUCGAAAACAGAUGAAGAGGCUGCUGCGUUGUGGCAAGCCAGGAAAACGGCGCUUUGGAGCUUGCUUGCCAUGAAGCGUGAUCCAGGUGACGAUUUUUUGAGUGCAGAUGUAGCGGUCCCCAUUUCGAGGCUUGCAGAUAUCAUUGACGAGACGAAAAAGAUGGUGGAAAAGAGCGGUUUGGUGGGAUCUUGUCUUGGACACGUUGGUGAUGGUAACUUCCAUACAACUGUACUCUAUUCUCCCCACGAGAAAUCCAUUGCACGAAAAAUUAUACGUGAUACUCAGAUGCUUGGUGUCGACAUGCAUGGAACUGUUACCGGCGAGCAUGGCAUUGGGCUCGAAAAUCGUGAUGCAUUGGUAUAUGAGCUUGGCGAAGAUGCAGUCGAUGCCAUGAGAAGAUUGAAACUUGCUCUGGAUCCGUUGGGCUUGUUGAAUCCAGGUAAAAUCAUGAGACUCCGACCCUCUAAGGAUUAG